AUGGAGGUGUUGCAUAGCAAAGCAGCAUGGGAGAAUCAGCAUGAAGGAAACCAGAGUACUACUGAGGGAUUCAUCCUGCUGGGGGUGUCUGAUCAACCACAGUUGGAGCUGCUGCUGUUUGUGCUCAUUUUAAUCUGCUACAUUGUGACACUGCUUGGGAAUUUUACCAUCAUUGUUGUCUCCCGGCUGGACCCCCGUCUCCACACACCCAUGUACUUCUUCCUCAGCAACCUCUCUUUCCUUGACAUCUGCUACACCAGCAGCCUUGGCCCCCAGAUGCUGGUGAACUUCCGUAGUACGAGCAAGGCCAUCUCCUGGGGUAGGUGCGUGGCCCAGCUCUACAUCUCUCUCAGCCUGGGCUGUACAGAGUGCUUCCUGCUGGCAGUCAUGGCCUACGACCGCUAUGCUGCUGUCUUCCAGCCCCUGCGCUAUGCAGCAAUUAUGAGCCGUCGCCUCUGCCUGUUCAUGGCUGCAGCAUCCUGGCUCAGUGGCCUGGUCGUUUCACUGGUACAUACUUUGCCAACUCUGCAGGUGCCCCGGUGUGGCCAGAACCAUAUUGAUCAUAUCUUCUGUGAGGUGCCCGCACUGCUCAAGUUGGCUUGUGUUGACACAUCCAUAAAUGAGGCUGCGCUCUUGUCUAUAAGUGUAUUUGUCCUGGUGGUGCCUGUGAGCCUCAUCCUGGUCUCCUACGGCUACAUUGGUGCUGCGGUGAUGAGGAUUCACUCAGCUGAGGGCAGGCGCAAGGCUUUCAAUACUUGCACCUCCCACCUGGCUGUGGUGUCACUCUUCUAUGGCCCCGGCAUCUACAUGUACCUCCAACCUCCCUCCAAGGGUCAGGGCAAGAUUGUCUCCCUGUUUUACACUAUGGUCACCCCAAUGCUAAACCCCCUAAUCUACACACUGAGGAACAAGGAGGUACAUGGGGCCCUGAGGAGACUGCUUCGGAGAAAGCCAGCCACAUAG